AUGUCACCAACACUUUACAGAUUCAUCGCCGCAGAAGGACUCAUCCACCUUCUAGACCGCACAACCAUCAACGUCACCUCCCACAUUGCAACAUCAGCAGCCCCCCAGCACCUAGAAGUCCACACAGUCCACGGGACAAACCUAACCCUCAACGGCACCGCUCCAGUUGUCUCCGACUAUGCCACCAAAGAGAUCACGUCCUUUGACCAUAUGAUCGUCGACUUUGACGAGACGAUCACGGAUCAUGAUACGACGUCUUCGUUGGAUACGUUGGCGUGUAGUGUUCGGCCGGGGACGAAUUAUCAGGAACCGCAGAUGAGCUGGGAUGAGAUCCUGCAGGCUUAUUUAGACGAUUUAGAGAAGGUUGAUAUUAGUGAUUUGUGUCACUUGAACCGACCUCUGGACUUUUCUUCUGCCCAAGGGAGUUCUUGUCAAGCACCGACUGUGGAGGUCUUGUCACCACAUGGACAGGAGCAGGAAGGCGGUGGUCAACUCCACCACCCACAACCCAAAUCCAACUCCCCACCACUUCAAUCCACCACCACUAUCACAACCAAACCAAAACACACAAUCCAACCACCCAGCAAACAACACCAUCUCCUCGACCCCAAAGUCCGCGAGCUUCAAUGCCACAUCGACGGACGAACCUUCACUCCAGAACCGGAGCUCCCUAUCCCCAAGAUCCCCUCCUUACAACCCUGGGUCCAUUCUCAAGUCCGCAAACGAGCUGUCGAGAAGAUCUCCUUAGACAGAGUCUACGAGAGCGGGAACCUUGUGGGGUUAACACGGAGCCAGAUUCGACAGUUUGGGCGGGAGCAUAUCAAGUUGCGGCCGGGGAUGGUUGCUUUUCUGAGAGCGUUUGUUCAAGAGCAGGAUCGACUGGAGAAGGAGGCACAGGAUAAGGAGUUGCAAGCUGGAGCGAUAGGAGGAAACGAGGGAUCGGGGUCUGGAAAGGCGGCACCAUCAAAAUAUGCAAGAGGACAGCUAUGGAUCCUGUCGGUCAAUUGGAGUCAGGAUUUGAUCCGUGGAGCCAUGGACCAGGUCUUUGGUAGCGAGGAGGCUACUUCAAGGUAUCUCCCCGACUCGAAUCUGAUUUGUUCGAACCUCGAGUACGCGGAAGAGGGACACGAGACCCUCACCCGGCGACGGAAAUCCGACGCCACCACGACUGGAACUAUGGUGAACGGUAGAAACAACAGCAGCAACAAUGACAGUGGGAACAAACAAGGCGGCGAGAAUCCAUGCGUCCACCACUCAAGCGGCAAAGUCGAUGCCAGCAUCCUGACUGGGACAGACAAGUUGCAUGAAUUCAGGGAUAUCCAACGACGCUAUGCGAUGCACCAUGACCUUGCACCCUCAGAGACCAAAUGGGCGUACUUUGGUGAUUCGACUACUGACCUUGGAUGCCUGGUCGAGGCGGAUAUAGGCAUCAUCAUUGGAAAGAGCAAGUCCCUCUUGAGUGAGUGCGAGCGAUCUGGUAUCCAGGUUGUAGAUCUCAUCGAGCGCAAGCAGUCAGCCUAA